CUUAAAUAUUGACCAAAAGUGUGACAUGGAGAAAAAAGAAAUGUGUGAGAGGGGCACACAUAAAUUAAUGCCUCCCAUACUUUGUGGUGCAACUGAAGAAGUCUCUUCUUCCCAGUUUCUGUGACAUUUCUUAAUUUAGCUUCCAGUGAAAUAGCCGUUGGAGAUUUGGUGAAAAGAAACUGCGGGAUGACGAGGAGAAGGCUGUUUUCCUGCACAAAGGACGAUUUUCUCCCUGAAGAAUCAUUCAAGAGCUGGGGCAAUUACGUAAAUGCGCUGAGGCAGACUCCGGCCCGGCUGCGAGACCGGGUCCUGUCCCGGUCCAUGGACCAGGCGGAGCUUGACGCCAAGUCCCGAAGCCAGCACGAGAUGAAGAGGACUCUUUCCUGGUGGGACCUCAUCUGGUUCGGCAUGGGUGCUGUCAUCGGAGCCGGGAUAUUCGUCCUCACCGGCAGAGAGGCCAGCCAAGACGCCGGCCCAGCUGUCGUCCUCUCCUACGCCGUCUCCGGCGUCUCCGCCAUGCUUUCCGUCUUUUGUUAUACUGAGUUCGCAGUGGAGAUACCAGUUGCAGGUGGUUCAUUUGCAUAUCUAAGGGUAGAACUUGGCGAGUUUGUGGCCUUUAUUGCUGCUGGAAAUAUCAUACUUGACUCGGUGAUUGGUGGUGCUGCUGUUGCACGCUCAUGGACCUCUUACUUGGCCACUCUCUUUAACCAGCACCUGGAGAAGUUCCUCAUCAAGGUUGACGCUCUAUCCGAUGGCUACAACCGCCUCGACCCGAUCGCCGUAGGAGUUUGUUUUGCCAUAUGUGCCGUUGCCAUUCUCAGCACCAAUGCUUCAUCCCGAAUCAACUAUAUUGCCUCUAUUGUUCACAUUGUAAUCAUCAUCUUCAUCAUCGUUGGCGGGCUCAUGAAAUCUGACCCUGCCAACUACACCCCGUUUGCACCCUACGGCCCCCAUGGUGUCUUCAAGGCUGCAUCUGUCCUGUUCUUUGCCUACCUCGGUUUUGAUGCCGUGUCCACUAUGGCUGAGGAAACUAAGAACCCUGGCAGGGAUAUCCCUAUCGGCUUAGUGGGGUCUAUGGCGAUCACGACCACCAUUUACUGUGUCCUCGCGAUCACUUUAUGUUUGAUGCAACCGUAUACAAGCAUUGAUCCAAACGCUCCAUUUUCGCUUGCGUUCAAGGCUGUUGGUUGGCCGUGGGCUCAAUAUAUCGUUGCUUUCGGAGCUCUGAAGGGAAUGACAUCUGUGUUGAUGGUCGGUGCUGUGGGUAAGGCCCGUUACCUAACCCACAUUUCACGGACACACAUGGUGCCCCCAUGGUUCUCGUAUGUUGACCCGAGGACAGGAACGCCCAUCAACGCAACCAUUGUCAUGACGCUUGCAACCGCCAUAAUAGCCUUCUUCACGAAGCUCGAUAUUCUAGCUGAAGUACUCUCGAUCUCGACCCUCUUCAUCUUCAUGCUAGUCGCAUUGGCACUUCUCGUCCGACGCUACUAUGUUACCGGGGUGACCAAACUCGGGGACCGCAACAAGCUUAUCACUUUCCUUUCGCUCAUCCUCAUGUCUUCAAUCGCCACGGCUUCUUUCUGGGGUGCCACCAAGAGUGGAUGGGUUGCAUACUGCAUCACAACACCAGUAUGGUUACUUUCCACAGCGGGGCUGUGGUGGUUUGUACCCCGAGCCCGCGAACCGAGGCUCUGGGGGGUUCCGAUGGUGCCGUGGCUACCCUCCGCAUCAAUUGCCACGAACAUCUUCCUCCUUGGUUCGAUAGACAAGAACGCUUUUGUAAGGUUUGGGAUAUGGACCGCUAUUCUUUUGGUGUAUUAUUUAUUCUUCGGCCUCCACGCAUCAUAUGACACUGCGAAGGAGCUGGAGAAGAGUAGUGAGGGGGUGAAGGUUGAAGAUGGAAGUAGUGCGACUCAUGUUGAUAAUGCAAAGGCUGGCACUCAUGACCAUAAUGGUGAAGAAAUUAAAGAUCAUGAUGAUCUGAAUGGUGAGUUUGGUAGGCAAUAGUUUUGAGCGAGAAACAUCUGUGUAACUAUUACUCAUCGGAAUUCUGCCUAUAAUUCAUGUGUACGUGCGGCAACAUAUAGUUAUGUUGGUUUGGCAUGGGAGAAGGACUCAUUCUAAUGGUCAGAAUUUAUAAAAAGGAGGUUGUAUAUUUCACUUUUAAGAAAUUGUUCUAAAUGAGAUUAAAA